AUGGUGGGGCUUGCAGUGUUGCUAUUGCUUCUGUCCCCCAUUGUGUACUCAGCAAGGCACCCUGAAUCCAAUCCUCUCCCAGCUCCACCUCAGUGGUAUCAAUCAGGGGAUGUCCUAAUUGGUGGGAUUGUUUCUCAGAACUUUUAUCAGUACCAUGCUGAAGAUUUUAAAGCGCUUCCGUCGUGGGACUUGCGGGAGGCUCCAGAGACAAUUAUAAAGUUCUACCAGCACAUCGUGGCCUUGGUGUUUGCUGUAAAAGAGAUCAAUGAGAACCCCCAUAUCCUACCGAAUGAAACGCUUGGGUUCCACAUCUCUGAGAACUACUAUGAUGAGAAGAUUACCUGUCAGAAUACUCUGCAGCUGCUGUUCACAUCGCACACUUUUGUCCCUAACUACAAAUGUGGCGCUCGGAAAAAUCUCGUUGCUGUCAUUGGGGCUCUUGACCCUGAGAACUCCUUGCUUAUGGCAAACAUCUUGGAUCUCUUCAAGAUUCCACAGCUCACGUAUGGUUCAUUUGCCUCAGAGGACAAUGAUGCAAGGGAGUUCUUUUACCGCAUGGUCUCAAAUGAAGCCCAUUUCUAUAAUGGGAUUACACAGUUGCUUCUCCAUUUUGGAUGGACGUGGGUCCCUCCUCUUUCUGAGUGUAACGCUCACUGCCAGCCUGGUUCUCAGAAGAAAAAGAAGGAAGGGGAGAAAUUUUGCUGUUACGAUUGUUCUCCAUGCCCUGAAGGGAAGAUUUCAAGGCAAAGGGACGUGGAUGAUUGUAUCAGAUGUCCAGAAGAUGAGUAUCCAAGCAAAAACCGAGAUCAAUGUCUGCUCAAGACAAUACAUUUUCUGUCUUAUGAAGAAUCUUUAGGAAUCAGUUUGGCUUCUGCUGCUAUUUCUUGUUUCCUGAUGACAGCUUUAGUUCUAGCAACUUUUAUAAAGCACAAAGAUACCCCUAUGGUCAAGGCCAACAACAGAGAUAUCACCUACACUCUCCUGGUCUCCCUCUUGCUCUGCUUCCUCUGCUCUUUGCUUUUCCUCGGGAAACCAAGCAAAAUGACCUGCUGCCUCCGGCAAUCUUCUUUUGGCAUGAUCUUCACAGUGGUGGUGUCUUGUGUGUUGGCCAAAACCGUCACUGUGGUGGUAGCUUUCAUGGCCACCAAGCCAGGGUCCAGUAUGAGGAAGUGGGUGGGAAAAAGAUUGACCAGCUCCAUAGUCAGUUCUUGCUCCCUUAUUCAAGCAGUGAUUUGCCUUGUGUGGCUAGGAACCUCUCCUCCAUUCCCAGAUUUUGACACACAAUCAUUGAUUAGUGAGAUCAUAGCAGAAUGCAAUGAAGGGUCCAUUCUCAUGUUCUACAUUGUCCUGGGCUACAUGGGACUUCUGUCCCUCAUCAGCUUGACUGUGGCUUUCCUAGCCAGGAAGUUGCCGGACAGUUUUAAUGAAGCCAAGUUCAUUACCUUCAGUAUGCUUGUGUUUUGCAGUGUCUGGGUGUCUUUUUUCCCAACCUACCACAGCACCAAAGGGAAAUACAUGGUGGCAGUGGAAAUCUUCUCUAUUGUAGCCUCCAGUGCUGGGUUACUGGGUUGUAUCUUUUUCCCCAAGUGCUACAUUAUUCUGCUGAGACCUGAGUUGAACAACAGGAAGCAACUCAUGAGGAGGAAUAAUUAA